CAAGCGUGCUCGCCAUUGAAUCUGACGCCAUCGACGUUCACGACAUUCAACGUGUUAAAUAUAUGGAGUACGAGGCGACUGCGGCGUCAAGCUUGAUCUGGAGCGAACGCUUGCCAUCGCGAACACCAUGCCUGGAGUGCUGUCUGACAUCCCCCGAUGGGAGGCUCCGCCUACUUCGACCAAAGAUUUUGAUUACGCUGGGUUGCAAACGCUCGACCUUUCCACCGUCACAGGCGACGAGUAUGAACAGGUCCCUGCAGACGUGGUCAAGACAAUCGGAGAGGCGCUCUCGCAAGACGGUUUUAUCUACGUGACAAACCAUGGGCUGCGGCCUGAUGAAGUUCAGCGGCAGUUCGAUCUUGCGCAGUACGCCUUCGACGGGGUCUCCGAAGCCGACAAAGCCAAGUACGCGGCGAAAAUCAGCGAGACGGGGGACUACACGGGGUACAAGCCUCGCGGACACUGGAAGCUGCGCGGCGUCCCGGACCAGAUCGAGCACCUCGGCCUCGGCGAUCGCGCGUUCAGACCGGGAGAGCGGGAGAACGUCUUUCCUCCUGCUUUGCUUCCGUUCGCGGACGAGAUAGCGGCGUUCCGGCGGUAUAACCAUAUUCACAUCUUCCGGAAGAUCCUUACUGUGCUCUCGUUGGUGCUAAAGUUGCCUCCGACGUAUCUAUGGAAUCUUGCGAACGAAGAGUCAGGCUUGUUCCGUUAUGCGUUGUAUCAUCCACCUCCUCAGGAAGACGACGUCAAGACCGACGGAGUGCGGUUGCAAGGCCACUCGGACUUCCGAAGCGUGACGCUGCUGUAUUCGCAACCGAUCGUCUCUCUGCAAGUGCUUAUGCCCGACAAUGUCUGGCGGUACGUGCGGCACGUACCAAACGCCCUCGUGCUCAAUCUCGGAGACGCUACGCACUUCCUCUCUGGCGGUUACCUUAAGCCGACCAUACAUCGUGUCGUCUCGCCUCCCGACCCGGACCAAGCGAAGUACCGCCGCCUCGGAGUCUUCUACUUUGCGGCGUACAACCCCGACGUCCGUCUCGUGCCGCUGACGCAGUCGCCCGUCGUUGCAAGCACCGGAAAGACGUUCUUCAACGAAGGACGGGACGCUCCUACGGCAUGGCAGUGGGAGAAAAGCCGCGUCAGGGCCUACGGGCAAGACGGGGAGAAAAAAAGGCUCGACAACGGACACGAGGAGGAGGCGAUGAUCGGAGGUGAAAAGGUUGUGCAUUACAACUGAUAUGAAAGGCGCUAGAAACAGCAUAUCCCGACUCCCCCGAAGGUGGGAGUUGGCUGUUGCACUGGGAGUUGUCACAGUGACAAGGGCUGUGACCCAGCCAAAGCGUGAUGAAAGC